GUGCGAGCUGCUGGGGAAGGGAAGUGCGGCGGGGCUUUGGAGCCGGGCGCUCCGGGGCUUUGGGGCCGAGCUGCUGGGAAAGGCAGCUUUCGGUUGGCGAGCGGCAGCGCCGUGCGUCGGGGUCGGCGAGAAAGACUGCGAGCCAUGAAAGGCCGGCUGUGGCGGAGAGGGACGGCGAGCGGGAGACAGAGCGGCGGCGGCGGCGAGAGGCAAGUGCUGCUGUGGCUCGUGUGCGUUUGCGUGUGGGAGAGCGGGGCCGAAACGCUGCGCUAUUCGGUGGCGGAGGAAAUGGCGAGGGACUCGUUGGUGGGCAACGUCGCCCAGGACCUGGGGCUUUCUCCGAGCCAGCUCGCGGCUCGCAAGGCGCGCGUGGUGUCCGAGGGGAGCGAGCAGCAUUUCCGCCUCGAUCCGCACAGCGGCGUCCUGACGGUCACGGAGACGCUGGACCGAGAGCGGAUCUGUCCGCACAGCGAGAGCUGCGCGCUCUUGUUUAAGCUUUUCUUUGAGAACCCGGUGCAGCUGAUCCGCGGGGAGGUGGAGGUUCGGGACGUGAACGACCACUCUCCCGAGUUCCCCGAGAAGGAGAUGAUCUUAGAGAUUCUUGAAACGGCAUCUCCAGGGACUCGCUUCCUCUUAGGAAACGCGAGGGAUAGGGACAUGGGGACUAACGGGUUACGGAACUACAGCCUCUCCCCAAAUUCGCAUUUCUCCCUAAAUCAGGGAAUAGGUAAAGGGGGCGGCAGAUACGCGGAGCUCGUCCUGCAGAAGCCUUUGGACCGCGAGGAGCAGCGGGAGCUGCAUUUGGUGCUCACGGCCACGGACGGGGGCUCGCCGCCCAGGUCGGGCACGGCUCAGGUCCGGGUGGUGGUGCUGGAUGCCAACGACAACAUGCCGGUGUUCUCGCGGGAGGUGUACGAGGUGCGCGUGGCCGAGAACAGCCCCCCGGGGCAGCUGGUGGUCCGGGUGUCGGCCGCGGAUCCCGACGAAGGCUCCAACGGCAAAGUGCGGUAUGCACCUUCACCUGAGCAUGUCAGAGCAGUUCCGUCACAGCUGUAUGAGCUGAACGCUGAAAGUGGGGAGAUUCGGGUCUCAGGGAAGCUUAGGACUUACGAGGAAGAAAAAAUGCCACGAGCUCGUGGUGAGAGCCUAUGGACUGGCGGUGGUCUGUCUGCGCACUGCAGAGUGCACGUGGAGGUGCUGGACGUGAACGACAACGCGCCGGAGAUCGCGCUGAGCUCCGUGAGCGCCUCCAUCCCCGAGGACGCCCCGCCCCGCACCGUGGUGGCCCUGCUGAGCGUGCGGGACCGCGACUCCGGCGACAACGGGCGGACGGAGUGCGCCAUCGAGGGCGACGUGCCGUUCAGCCUGACGGCCGCUUUCGCCAACCACUACGAGCUGCGCACCAGCGCGGCCCUGGACAGGGAGACGACGGCCGAGUACAACGUGAGCAUCGUGGCCACGGACUGGGGCCGGGCGCGGCUGAGCGCUCGCGAAAGCGUGUCGGUGCGCAUCGCCGACGUGAACGACAACGCGCCGCGCUUCACGCAGGCGGCGUACAGCAUGUCGGUGAGCGAGAACGAGGCGGGCGCGGUGCGGAUCGGCAGCGUGAAGGCGACGGACGCGGACGCGGGCGCGAACGGGCGCGUGAGGUACGCGCUGGUGCGGGAGGAGGGCGAGGAGCGGCCCGCCGUGUCGGUGGACGCCGAGAGCGGGGCCGUGUCCGUCGUGCGGCCGCUGGACUACGAGGAGGUGCGCGCCGUGGAGGUGACGGUGCGCGCCGCCGACGGGGGCUCGCCGCCGCGGAGCGCCACGGCGCUGCUGCGGGUGCUGGUGCGGGACGAGAACGACAACGCGCCCGUGGUGCUGCACCCGCCGGCCGACGGCGGCGCGGCGCUGGGCGAGCUGGUGCCGCGGCGGGCGCGGGCGGGCUACCUGGUGGCCAAGGUGGUGGCGGUGGACGCGGACGCGGGGCAGAACGCGUGGCUGUGCUACGAGCUGGCCAAGGCGACGGAGCCGGGGCUGUUCCGCGUGGGGCUGCACAGCGGCGAGGUGCGCACGGCGCGGGCCGUGGGCGAGCGCGACGCGGCCCGGCACAGGCUGGUGGUGCUGGUGCGGGACCGCGGGCGGCCGCCGCGCUCCGCCAGCGCCACCCUCGCCGUCGCCCUGGCCGACGGCUUCUCGGAAGGCCACCUGCGGGCGAGCGAAGAGGCGCCGGCCGCCGAGCCCGACGGCCGCCUCACCCUCUACCUCAGCGUCUGCUUGGCCUGCGUGUCCGCGCUCUUCGUGGCCGGCGCGGCGGCCGCCGUGGCCGCCAAGGUGCGGCGGGCCCGGCGGGGCGAGCCGGGGACCUUGCCCACCUUCCCGCAGUCCGCCGCCGACAGCAGCGCCGGCUCCCUGCCCCGCAGCUACGUCUACGACGUCCGCCUCGCCGCCGGCACCGUCAACAGCGAGUUCCGCUUCCUCGGGCCGCUCUUGCCCUGCUUCCCCGCCGGGCUGCCGCAGGGCGCGGCCGAGCAGCGGAGCUCGCUCUGCUCGGCCGGCCUCGGGCAAGAAGAAGGCGACUGGGCUGUGCAGGGCCGAGCUCCCCUCUCUGAAGGCACGGCUCCCGGGGCAGUAGAGGAGAAUGCCAGUUUGGAUCAAUGCCCCUGGCUCAGCCACCAGUAAGGGAGGAGAAGGAGCAGAAUCUCGGUCCCCGUGGGCUGAUGUCUUCGUAGUGAAAUGAAGGAGAGACCAAACACGCACCAAAAAUGUACCAGGAAAAUGCUGUACUGCUGUGUGAGAGAGCAAGGACACUCCUGUUAACCAGUCCUCCAUGUAUUUAUUCUGAACCCUUGAUAGGUCUGCAGGGUGUUGCAUGCUGCAAACACUGAGCCUUGUUACCUAAUGAUUGUAGUGCUGUUGUUCCUAAGUAUUAAGUGAAUGGGAAUAAAAAGUUGGAUGGGGGCCUUGGGUAGCCUGGUCUAGUAUUAAAUGGGGAGGUUGGUGGCCAUGCCUGUUGCAGAGGUGUUGCAGAUUCAUGAUCCCUGAGGUCCCUUCCAACCUGGGCCAUUCUGUGAUUCUCUAAUAUUCAAGGUAUUGUUUUCCUACGUGUGUUUUUAUGCAUUCUUUUUUUGUUGUUGUUGUUGUCAGGUGGGCUCUGUAAUAUUGUAAUCUAUUCAAUGCCAGGUUGUGAAUCUAUUAACCAAGCUGAAUGUUUCCAGCAAAAUUAUUCUUGAAUAACACUGAGAAGCUGGCUGCCAUUGAGAUGCCUGACAUUCACACUGUGCACGUGCAAUCAGGAGUUCUUGGGUUUUGUAUGUUGUACCGGGUGGUCUUUGAGCACUGUAUUUGGUUUUGGAUUGGUUUGAUUUAUUUCCCAACAUAAGUCUAAAAUUAAUGGUUCUAGAGCAUUUCAGGAUUAUGGAAUAUAGAUAUGAAGAGAUAAUAAAAUCUUCAAAGCCAUGUGCUAUUUCCCAUUGCUCACAUAUUUCCUGGAGUUGAAUGCCUGGUCACAGAAACCAAUAAAAUCUGCUGAGAAAUCUGUCACAAAAUGAGCUGUUACAGCCUUCUCCACCUGAAGCUGAAGGGUCACGUGUCCCUGUGAAAUGAGGGCAGUGAUUGUGAGAAGUGUCUGGGGAAGCUCUUCUCAGCCUGGAUCUGUUCCCUGCCAUAGUGGUGCCAGUGGUCAGGUUAUAAUAAAAGAAGGGUACGGAUCCACCUUCCUCACUCUGUGGUCCCGAGGACAUAUCAGGAGCAGUGGUAGGAGCUUGAGGGAGCAGAUACCAGUUGGUACUGUAACUGUUGUGUGGCAUGAAUGAGGAGCUGCAUUCCCAAUUUUAUGUGCUGAUGAUGUCCUACAGCUGUUUUUUGUAAGAAGUCUCUGUGUUGCUGACUGUCCUGUUUUCCAUUGGAAUAGAGCUGACUUCCUUUGUACUGGCUGUUCUAAUGUUUAUUUUACUUUUAGAAGGACAACCACGUUUAGAACGGUGACUAUUGAGUUGUUGCUGAGUAGUGCUGCACAGUUCCGGGGACAUUCCAUCUUCUCAUACUGCCCUGAGAGCGAGUGGUGCCCAAGAAGCUGGAAGGGGGCAGAACCAGGACAGCUGCCCUAAACUGGCAAGAGGGAUAUUCUCUACCAUGUGACGUCACAGAGAAUUAUGAAUGUGAGGGUAUCUGAAUUGUGGGGUGCCACUGCUGCUUGUGAACUGACAGGGCAUUGGUCAGCAGGUGGUCAGCAGCAUCACUUCUUUGUUCUUUCUAUCUUCUGGUGGUUGUGCAUUUCUCCUUUUCUUUUUCUUCCUCGCUAUCUCUUAUCUGUCCAUCAAUAUUUCUCUUAUUACCUCUGUUUCUCAGUAUCUCUCCCUCUAUCUGUACCUCUGUCUUUGUCUCAAUACUUCCACCUCUUCAUCCUUUUAUUUUUUCUUACGAGUUCUACUUGGGUUAUGUUUUCUAUCUCUUUCCCCCAUCUCUCAGGAAGUGGGUGGUGAAGAAUGAACGUGUGGUGCGUUCUGAGGUGCUGCCGGGUUAUAUAACACAGCAGUGCUUUUUGGAACCUAGUGUGCAGCCUAAGGGGCUGAGAUAACACAGGUCUUAACCAAGUCUGCUUAAAAAGAGUUCUCAUAUGUGUUAUAGUGGGUUAAUAGCUUCAAGGCACAGUGUCAGCUUUUUAAUUAUUUUUGGAAGUCUUUCAGUGUGUUUUCUAGAAAUUAUUUUAUUUCGCACCUAACUUUCUCUAAACGUUCUAUGUUGUGCUGUUUACCGUCUCAGAGGAACGGGAAGAAGAUUAUCAUUUUGCUAUGACAUGCAACACUGGCUUAUGAUGAGUCUCUUGGGAGAUUCAGCUGGUGUUUACACUCCACACUGUCAUCAUCUUUGUUCUUAGGGAGCCAUUGCUCUGAUAUUAUUAAGACUUUUUCUUUUGUCUCCUGAGAAAGCAAGACUAUGGGAAUGUGAACUGGCCUUAUUUUCCUCCAUUUCCUCUAUCUCCCUUUCUCCUUCAUCUACCUGUUAUCUUUCGCACAGUUACAAUAGCUCUUGAGAAUGUUAAAUAUCCUGGAGAUGUUCAAACUAGCAAGACCCUACUGCUGUGUCUCCCGAAUACAUUUCUGGUUUUGUCUAUAUUUAAACAACACUUUGUAAAUACAACCCAGAGCUAUGCCCUGAGACAGUAAUAUAUGACUGUCCGUCUCUGCGAAAGGAUACUAGCAGGCCCCUAGAAGAGUCGGCACCAUCAGUGCUUUGGAACUCCACCCCAGAACAAGUGCAGGUUCCAGAAAAACGGUCAAACUGUUUGCAGCAGAUGUGCCAUCACUCUGGCAACUGUAGAGAGACACCAAUCACUGCAACAUGCUGGGGCUUGGCCUAUGCCUACUGCUGCCAGAUCAUCACCAUUCAGCACAUGCAAGAGAAGGGAAGAGAAGGUCUCUAACUCUAAUGACAGUGUGACAGGCCCUUUGGCUGCUCCAAGUUCUGUGAUAGGCCCUGCAGUUUCUUCAGCCCUCACUACAAUCCCUAUGGUUGCUUUGAGGCCUGUGUCAGCUGCUCUGGUGGCUCCAAGCCCUGAUUUGUGCUCUGUGGCUGCUCCAACUACUGUCACAGGCCCAUAGUUACUUCAACCCCUGCUAUUGGCCCUGCAGUUGUCUCCAGCUCCUCCAUCACAGCCUGUGGUUGCUUCAAGUCCUGCGGCAGGCCCUGUAGAUUCACUAGCCCCCAAAACAGGCACCGGAGUCAGUGCAUUCCUAGUGACAAGCCUGCUGUUUCUUCAACUCCUAUGAGAGGCCUUGUGUUUGUUCCGGCUCAUGCAACAGGCUCUGUGGUUGCUCGUUGUCUCAAAACAUCUCUGUGAUUGCUCCAACUCUCCAAAUAUGCCAUGUUGUUUCAACAACCCUCUCAACAGGCCCUGUGGUUGCUGCUGCUCACGGGACAGGUCCUGGGGUUGCUCUUUCCUCUGCAAUAGGUCCUGUGGUUGUUCCAACCCACUCAACACGCUUUGUGGUUGCUCCGAGUCCCAUGACAUGCCCGACAGUUGCUCCAAAUCCUGCAGCAGGCCUUGCAGCUGUUCCAACCCUCAAAGCAGGCCCUGUGGUUUCUCCAGUCCCUGUGACAAGUCUUCCAUCUGAACCUCAGAACCAUCUGUGUCGGUAUCAGUUGCUCCUAUGUGUAAGAUGAGACAAUGGCUGCAAAUGUCAACUUACGUUAUGUCAUAACUCAUAAAGGAAGAAAUCACCGUCUGACCCCUGACUGUGCAGGAGCUGCAAGUAUUUUGAAAUAUUUCAAUCAUUGUCCAAGGGAGCACAUUGUCACGUGGCAGCUCCAGUGCUGGGAUAAUGGGGACAGCAGCCUGGACAUAGUGGACAACAAAGUCAGGCAGCUGGCAUUCAGGCAGUUUAAGGAAUUUCAGGCUGUUUAAUGAACUGUUGGAUGAGAUCUUUUGAGAAGCUGUCCUUAGCAACUAAACAGUGGAAGAAAGCUGGCUUGUCUUCAAGGAUAUCUUUCUGAGAUCACAAGAGCUUCUGUCCCUCAGAAUAAGAAAGUGAGCAGGGGAGGAAAGAAACUGGUAUGGCUAUGCAAUUAUCUGCUGGUCAAACUGAGGGAGCAGAAGAGAUUGUAGCAGCUGUGGAAACAAGGGUGUGUCACCUGGGGCGAAUACAGGGAUGCUGUCUGGACUUGCAGAGGGGGAUUAGGGCAGUCAAGGCACAGAUGGAACUGAACUUGACCAGGGAUGUUAAAUACCACAAGAAGGGAUUUGAUUGGUAAACUGGCCAGAAAGGCAGGCCCUAGAGAGCAUACUUCCUUUGAUAAAUGAGAAAGGAGAACUGGCUACGACAGGUAUGGAGAAGGCUGAGGUACUAAAUGAGUUCUUUGCCUUGAUCUUCACUGGCAGCCAGGAUUCAUGUAUUGCUUGCAUCCCUGGGCCACUAGGUAGGAGCUAGGGAAGUAAAUCCCUCUCUUUUGUAUGGGCAGAGCGAGUCUGAGAUAGCCUCAUGAGAUUGAAUGCCUACAAGUCUGCGGGACUGGAUGACAUGCAUCCCAGCGUCCUAAUGAAGCUGGCUGAUAUGAUUGCUGAGCUGCCCUCCAUCGUAUUUGAAAAGUAGUGGCUGUUGGGUGAAGUCCCUGGGGAGUGGAAAAAAAAAAAAAUAUCACUCCCAGUUACAUUACCUACAGUAAUAAGGACCCAGGGAACUACAGGCUACUGAGCAUGACCUCUGUAUCAGGGAAGAUCAUUGAACAGAUCCUCCUAGAAGAUAUGUUAAGGCACAUGAGGGAAGAGCAGCUGAUCUGAGACAGUCAGAAUGGUUUCACCAAGGGAAGGUCAUGCCUGACCAAUCUGGUGGCCUUCUCUGAUGGAGUGAUGACACUAGUGGACAAAGGGAAAGUGUCUGAUGUCAUCUACCUGGACUUGUGCAAGGCCUUUGACAUGGUCCUCCACUGCAUCCUUACUUCUAGGUGGAGAACGGUGAUGAGCGUUGUCCCCCAGGGGUCUGUCCUGGGGCCAGUGCUCUUCACCAUCUUCAUCAAUGACAUUGGUGAUGGGCUUGAGUGCACCCUCAGCAAGUUUGCUGAUGACUCCAAGCUGAGUGGUGUGGUUUGCACAUUAGAAGGAAGUGACUCCAUCCAGAGUGACCUCAACAAACUUGAAAGGUGGUCCCGUACUAACCUAAUGAGGUUAACAUUGCAAAGUGCUAGGUUGUGCACUUGCAUUGGAGUAACCUCCUGAUACGUAUACAGACUGGGAGAAGUACACCAGGAAUGGAUUGUCCCAGGGCUGGAAACACGUCCCUACCAUUUCCAACAGAAUGUUUUAAACUGCACUGGAACAGAAUGAAGCUCCUGAACACCUGCACUACAUCGAUGGCAUCAUUGCGUGGGGCAACAGGGCAGAGGAAGUUUUUGAUAAACAUAGGAAAAGAAUCCAAAUUCUUUUGUAAGCUGUUUUCUCCUGCAUAGGAGAUGCAUUUUUUAAGGAA